GGGCGACAUAUAAAAACAAAACUGCCAUCGGGUGUGAGAGAGAGAGCGAGAGAGAGAGAGGUCAGGGUCGGGAAGAAAGAAGAGACUUUGUUUUCUGCCUAAUAACAGUGUAACAAGUGAUAGGGGAAUAUAACGAUUUCAAUUAUCACUGUAAUGCAGCAAAUUUAUAGAUGCAGUCGGCAAGGUUACAGAUCAUUCUGUUCAUCUGCAUCUGUAUUAGAAAAUGUUCUUACCUCAAGUAACAAAGAACGCACGAUAGUGCUACUAAAAAAACUGAAACCCCUACGAAUAGCGAGGGCAAAAACAGAGCGGAAAGCUGCUGUGUGUGUCCCUAUGUGCACAGUGGAUGGUCAGCUGUCAUUUCUUUAUACCCUGAGGUCGACAUCACUUCCAUCACAUCAGGGUGAGGUUAGUUUUCCAGGGGGAAUGUGGCAAGAUGGUGACUCGGACAUCGUUGAGACAGGUCUUAGGGAACUGAACGAAGAACUUUCUGUUCCACCAAGUUCCAUAGAUGUCUGGGGAACAUUAAUACCUAUGUUAGAUUAUGUAUCCGACGUCUUUAGUAUACCCCUAAAGGUUCUCUCCAACCCUUUGUUUCAACGUUACACCCAGUAUAGAGUACCAGCCACACCCACCAAAGCAAGCUUCACCUACACAUUGCCUGUGUUCCUUGGUGGCCGUUACAAAGUUUGGGGACUAACAGCCCUAGCAACAGACUUGUGCUUACAAGCCCUCCUACAUGAACACUAUACACCUGCCGCUAAGCAGGUAAUUGAUAAAACAGCUGGGCAACUGAAUACUGUUCCAAUUGAUACAAUGCUGCAUGUGAACAAUACACCUGUGAAGAGUUGAUGUUGAUAUAUUUAUAGUUGUAUUGCAUGUUAUAAUGCAAAAUUUUAAAGGAUAUUAUAAAAAUGUAUAUUAAAAAAAAUGGCAGUUUA